GAGGAUUGGAGAUAAGUCCCUUAAAGGAGGCUGGGGACUAACUAGAGAAAGCUUUUAAAAGGUGCUAAGCAUGGACUCAGUGGCUCCAUCCUGGGUGGGCAGUGCGUUUCUCUUCAUCAAAUCAGAUGAUGUGGACCUGUCCUCUCUCUUCCAAAAUGAAAAGACGCAGCUCAAGGUUUACAAAGCUUUGAAAAUUGCCCUUGCAGACGCUACGGGAAGCGGGGGAGGCUGUGAAAUCUUGAAAGUUUACGAAAGUACCUUUGGAAUGCAGCUGAAGUUUACUAAGGAAGACAGGUGUCUGAAGUUCCUGCACAGCUAUAAAAAUAAAGCUCUGCAGCAGGCUCUGCAGAGUCAUUUUGAAAAGCUGUCCAUACCUAUGACAACCUUCAGCACAGAGCUCAAAGCUGGCACAAUGAAGCUGGAUGAAUUCCUGGACCAAGAGGAGAUUUGCAUAAGACAUAUAAAAGAGAACAUGCCGAACCACCUCCGAGAUGAUAAAAUCAGCGAACUGGAGGAGGAUCUCAAGCGUCUUGUACUCUGCAAUACAAGCUACUCGAGUAUUGCAGCGCAACAUAGUGUCGUACCGGCAGAAACACCUUCACCAAUGUCUCCAUCAUGUUUGUCUUCAUCUUCAUCCUCUCCCAGUCAAGGAAAUGGAAGUCCGUUGUGCUUGCCAAAUCACUUUGAAUUUCAUGAUACUUUAUUUGAGGACCAUGUGCUGAAUCACAAUGAUCAUUGCUCAUUUGCCAAAUACGUGGGCAGGAACUGGAAGCAGGUCGGUCGCUCUUUACAAGCAAACUGCCGAGGUCUCCGGUACUCUGCCAUUGACAACAUAGCCUAUGAAUUUGAGCGGGAAGGAUUGUAUGAGCAGGCGUAUCAGAUGCUGCUCAAGUUCAUUCAGUGCGAAGGGAAGAAAGCUUUCAUGAGCCGGCUAAUCGCAGCUUUGGAGGAGAAUGAACUUAUUGGAAUUGCAGAGAAAUUACUGAACAUCUCAAAUGAUUAAGUGGGAGACGAGUGCAUAUAAGAAAAGGAACUACUAUAUUUUAUACUAUGAUGAGAAGCUGAAAGGUGUCUGGGAGCAUAUGAAAUGUAUAUUAUCUGCCCUUGCGAAAGUGAAUUAUUCUGUCUGAGCAAUUGCCUUUUUAAUUGUCUUUUUACGGUUUGACUGGAGUAAGUUGAGGGGAGUUGACUUCCUUCUGUAUGUUUAAACUCUUCAAAGCCAUUUAUAUUCUGAAUAAUAACUUUACCCUGUUGUCAUAUAACUUUAUAUGGUAAUGUUUUCAUGUCAGUUAUGCAUCAAUUUUUCCUUUAAUGAUUUGCAGUCCAAGAUGUGCAGAUCAUGCUGUGUUAGUACAAGUACUGUAUCUCUUAAACCCCACAAAUGCCAUCUCUUCAGAAUCUUUACCUCUUCAUUGUUCCAACUGCAGAUUUGUUGGGACACAUUAGCAGUUAUUCUGAGAAUCCAUUUGCUUGUGUAAUUUAUGGGUGUCUGUAGUUCACAUUUGUUGCUCUAUGUAGUACUGCUGUGAAUUGUUUUAAAACAUUUUUAAGAAAGUAUUUUAAAAUUAACACAAUAACUACAAAUUACAUUUCUAUAGCUCCUUUCAUGGAGUUUCUGG